AUGCGGCGCUGCCGUCUUGCGGAAAUCCAGGCGUGGGCAGCGGGCGGCGUCAUGCGGUAUGCCGGCCUCGGUCAAGCUAGCGCGAGCAUGCCAAAGAGGACCAGCAUAGGCAGAAACCGGGGACAAGACGCAGCAGAGACUAGCGCAGCAGCGGCAGCAGCAGCAGCAGGACAGAACCCGCUCUGCAGCAGCAGCAACUCGUGUGUGUGUCUGUCUCCGCUUAUUUGCUACAUGCAAACGCUGCAGGCCCUCUCAGACACAGACGACCAAGGGGACUCAGGAGCUCAAGGAGCUGGAAUGCGCCGAAAAAAGUUUUGGUUUGCUCUACCAUGA